GCCCCCGCCUCGGCACUUCGCAGCCACCCCUGCGAGGCGGUGGCCGCCUCAGAGCGGGCGGCAGGUGGCCGAGGGCGUCCCUGCCCGUAGUUGGGGCGCACGCAGGCCAGCGGUGCUGAUGUCACAGUGGCCACUGUGACCCGCGGGGGCAAGCCCACAAGAAGGAACGCUGGGCACAGGCCGUCCGUCAGUGCGAGCCGAGUCGGCAGAGGAGCGUUUGGAGGAGACACCCGGCGCUGCUGGGACAGGGACUCUCCGAGCGCUCGCCGUUGACGUGCGCCAUGUCCGCGAGGAAGCAGACGGCCCCCGACUCGAUGGAGCAGGCGUGCCUGCUGUGUCGCCGGGCAGAGGCUGACCCGGCUCUCUGCGGGGACAAACUGGAGAAGCGAGGGCUCUGUGCCCACGUCUUUUGCCUGCUUUUUGCCAACGAGCUUUUUCAGCGAGGGGACAGGGAAGCAGGACUCAUGGGAUUUCUCCCCGAGGAUAUUCGACGUACAAGCGCGGCAGCGCAGAAGCACUGCUUCGUCUGUGGCGAGAGCGGGGCCGCCAUCUCCUGCUGGGAAAUGGGCUGCGACCGCAGCUUCCAUCUCCCCUGUGCCGUGGAGGGUGGAUGCGUCACCCAGUUCGCUCUUCGGUACAGGGCCUACUGCUGGCAGCACCGCCCAGAGCAGGCAGGGGAGGCGGCUCCGGAGGAGAACACCACCUGCCUCAUCUGCCUGGACCUCGUGGAGGAGAGAAAGUCCUACGGCACCAUGGUGUGCCCAGCGUGCAAACACGCCUGGUUCCACAGGGGCUGCAUCCAGGGACAGGCUCUGUGCGCCGGCAUUUCUUGCUUCCAGUGCCCACUCUGUAGAGAUAAGGAGCUCUUUCUCUCGGAAAUGCUCACCAUGGGCAUCCGAAUCCCCUUCGGCCCUGGCAACUGCUCCUGUGCUGCUCCUUCGCUGCCGAGGGCACCCACAGACGCUGCUUCCGACCUGAGGAGCAGCACGGCCAGCUGGGAGUGCGACGCGUGUGUGCUGGCCUGGGCACCGCCUCCAGUGCCAGCUCGGAGCUCGCCGGCCCCAGCGCUGCCGGCCAGGCAGGAUCGGGCCUUCCCACGGCUCGCCGGCACCCGACACCAGCAGCCCCAGCACCGCCAGCCAGCUGCCAGCGGGGUCCUCCUGCGGCUCCCCAGCGCUGGAGACCACAGCCCCCCACUGGGAGCCAGGCGGAAUUCGGGCCACCCACGGCUCCCUGGCACCGCAGACGCAGCCCCGGCAAUGCAGCAUCAGGGCCGUCCCAAGGCUCCCCAGUGCUUGAGGGCAGCAGCCGCUCCAGCCCCCCUGGGCCACCGCGUGCGAAACAGCUCCCGCUUCCAACGCCGGGCCCAACAUCCCUACAGCCGGCCCGGAAGAUGCCACGACAGGAGCCGUGCGCCAGCACCAAGUGCUGAGAGCAGCACCCCCAGCCAGGCGCGCUGGGGCCUUCCCACAGCUCCCCCACCCGAGACCAGCAGCCCCAGCACCGCCAGCCAGCUGCCAGUGGGGUCCUCCAGCGGCUCCCCACCAGACCAGCAGCCCCAGCACCGCCAGCCAGGCACAUCGGGGUCCUCCUGCGGCUCCCCACCACUUCAGGGCAGCAGCUGCUCCAGCCCCCCUGGGCCCGUGCGGGUGCGAGACCGCUCCCGCUUCCAACGCCGGGCCCAACAUCCCUACAGCCCGCCCGGAAGACGCCACGACAGGAGCCGUGCGCCAGCACCAAGUGCUGAGAGCAGCACCCCCAGCCAGGCGGCGCUGGGGCCGUCCCACAGCUCCCCGGCACCCGAGACCAGCAGCCCCAGCACCGCCAGCCAGGCAGCAUCGGGGUCCUCCAGCGGCUCCCCAGCGCUCGAGAGCAGCAGAAGCUCCAGCCCCCCUGGGCCCGUGCGGGUGCGAGACCGCUCCCGCUUGCAACGCCGGGAGCAAAACCCCUACAACAGCCGGCCCGGACGCCGCCGCGGACCAGCCGUGCGCCAUCCCCGAGCGCUGGUCCUGAUCCCCCUCCACCCGUACAAUAAAGUUGGCCGUUAA